AUGUCCUCGGCCAGCCGACCACCUGCUCCCCACGCCACCGUCUACGAACCUGACCCCACAUCCUACGUCUCCUAUCAACGCGAAAUCUACUCGUCGCUCCACCCGCCCAAGUUCUCGACCAAGCCGUCGCAAUGGGAAGCCGCUGCCCGCGCCGCCGUCCCCUUGCCCGACUUUCUCUAUACCUAUGGCGCCGCCAGCAGCGAAUCGACACACGCCGCCAAUCGCUCAGCCUUUGAGCGGUACCGGCUGCGGCCCUCGAUGCUGGUCCAGGCCACCCUCCGCAACAUGUCCGUCACCCUAUUUGGCCGGCAAUACAAGAGCCCGCUGCUUGUAGCGCCCAUUGGUGUGCAGGAGAUUAUGCAUGUAGACGCCGAGGAAGCGACGGCGCGCGCAUGCAAGGCCGUCGGUGUGCCCAUGAUUCUUUCCACAGCGGCGACGCGCAGCAUCGAACAAGUCGCGGCUGCGAACGGCGAUGGGGAUCGCUGGUACCAGCUGUACUGGCCGAAACCGCAGGCAGAGGAAUUCACCCAGAGCUUGCUGGCGAGAGCAAAGGCAAAUGGCUUUGAGGUGUUGGUCGUCACACUAGACACGUUUAUGAUAGGCUGGCGACCUAGCGAUCUCGACGAGAGCUACCUUCCCUUCAUCUACGGCCAGGGCUGUCAAAUCGGCUUCUCAGAUCCCGUCUUCCAGCGCAUGUAUGCCGAGGAGCAGGCCAAGGACACACGCAGCAUGGCAGAAAAGGUCUCAGAGAUAUGGCAGAUUCUCAAACGGCCCGGGAGUAUUGGUGGUGCGGCAAAAGUGCUGACGCACGCGAGUGUCAUCAAGAAGGCCAUGUUCUUCACGAGCUUGGUGGCAAGUGGUAAUUAUCGUGAUUGGGACGAUCUGCAGAAUUUGCGCAAGUACUGGGAUGGACCGAUUGUGCUCAAGGGGAUCCAGACGGUCGAAGAUGCCCAUCGGGCAAUGGAGCAUGGCAUGGAUGGCAUUAUUGUGUCGAACCACGGCGGAAGGCAGUUGGAUGGUGCAAUUGCAUCCAUCGACGCAUUGGCUGAAAUUGGGGCAGACGACAAGGUCAAGAGCUCUAAUCUGACCAUUCUCUUCGACAGCGGAAUCCGGACUGGCGCCGAUGUGCUGAAAGCCAUUGCGCUAGGUGCCAAAGCCGUGCUCGUCGGACGACCGUACAUCUACGGCUUAGCCAUGGGAGGCGAGGAGGGCGUCAAACACGUGUUGAGAUGUAUGCUUGCAGAUACGGACAACUCGCUUGCAAAUUUAGGGAAGAAAACUACGGCGGAUAUCAGUCGGGACGAUGUCAGGGUGGUUCACAGAUUAGCAAAACUUUGA